CCUCCCGAACGCAAUCCUGCAGAUAAAGCGCGUGCUGCCCGCUCCUCAGGCAGGGCCCCUCCCGAGCGUGCGGACAGGACGGAGAGAGAUAGUGGAGGCAGCGGGCGCAGGGCCCGCCGAGCGGACAGGAGGGGGGCGCACGGCCCGCGCGGGGCGGCCGGCAUGGCCGCGGGCUCGGCGGGGCAGCGCCUGCGGGAGGAGGCGCGGUGCCCCGUGUGCCUGGACUUGCUGCAGGACCCGGUCAGCGUGGACUGCGGCCACAGCUUCUGCCUGCGCUGCAUCUCCGAGUUCUGCGACCGGGCGGCCGGCGAGCAGGGCGGCCUCUUCGCCUGCCCGCAGUGCCGCGGCCCCUUCCGGCGGGAGGGCUUCCGCCCCAACCGGCAGCUGGCCAGCCUGGUGGACGGCCUGCGGCAGCUGGGCCCGGGCGCGAGCCCCGCGGGCCCGCAGUGCGCGCGGCACGGCCAGGAGCUCAGCCUCUUCUGCGAGGAGGACCAGGCGGCGCUGUGCUGGGCGUGCGACGCGGGCCCCGAGCACAGGGGCCACCGCACGGCGCCGCUGCAGGAGGCCGCCCAGCGCCACCAGGUAAAGCUCCAGAUGGCCCUGGAACUUGUGAGGAAAGAGAUGGAGGAGGCCUUGACGCAGGAGGCCAACGUGGGGAAGAAAACUGUCAUUUGGAAGGAGAAAGUGGAAACUCAGAGACAACGCUUCAGGCUGGAGUUCGAGAAGUACCGCGGCUUCCUGGCCCUGGAGGAGCAGCUGCAGCUGCGGCGGCUGGAGCAGGAGGAGCGCGCCACGCUGCAGAGACUGCGCGAAGGCCAGCGGCAGCUGGCGCAGCGCGGCCGGGCCCUGCGGGAGCUGGCGCAGGAGCUGGAGGACCGCUGCCGGCUCCCGGCCUUGGACCUGCUGGAGGGGGUGAGAGGAACCUUGAGCCGAAGUAAGAGUGUCACACAGCUGGAACCGGAGACCAUCCCCCUGGAGCUGAAGACCAUGUGUCGAAUCCCUGGGAUGAGAGAAAUGUUGAGGAAGUUCCAAGUUGAUGUAAAGCUGGACCCGGCCACAGCGCAUCCUAGCCUCCUCUUGACUGCUGACCUGCGCAGUGUGCAGGACGGAGAACUGUGGAGGGAUGUCCCCAACAACCCCGAGCGAUUUGACACGUGGCCCUGCAUCCUGGGUCUGCAGAACUUCUCAUCAGGAAGGCAUUACUGGGAAGUCAUGGUGGGAGAAAGGGCAGAGUGGGGUUUAGGAGUCUCUCAAGACACAGUGCCAAGAAAGGGGGAAACUACACCAUCUCCCGAGAACGGAGUGUGGGCCAUGUGGCUGCUGAAAGAGAAUGAGUACAUGGUCCUUGCCUCCCCAUCCGUGCCUCUCCUCUACCUAGAGCGGCCUCGUCGCAUUGGGAUUUUCUUGGACUAUGAAGCAGGUGAAAUCUCCUUUUAUGACAUCACAAAUGGGUCUUACAUCUACACAUUCAGCCAACUGUUCAAUGGUGUUCUCCGACCUUACUUUUUCAUCUGUGACACAAAUCCUCUUGUCCUGCCACCUAUGACAGAAGCAGAGUCAGGAAAUAGUGCAUCCAGCAGUCAUCCUAAUCCUGCUUCCAACAUUAGAGAUGACCAUUCCUAAAAUUCUGUCUGCAGAUACACUCCAAGUGUAGCAGUUUCCUGGAGCAGAGUGGAGGAAAUACAAAUGCAAGGCCUAACCAAAUGUCCCCAUUUAGGACAGCACUUUAGUCAUUGCUGCUAUGGAAAAUUUCCCACAGGGACAAAAGACAAAGUAUGAAUUAUUUGCAUUUGGAAGAGCAUUGUGAAAUUGAAAUAUAAUAAUAUUAGAAAUGGAAUAUUCCCAUCACUUUUUAUCAAGAUGGCUCCACAUGCUUUCUUGAGGACUCUUUUAAAAUGAAUUUUGUAUUAAAUAUAUUUACAUAUUCAUUAUAAUUUCUCAUUCCUUUCAACUCAUGUCUUCCAUGUAUUAACAAUUAGAAAUGGCAGUUCUUUUUCAACAAUUUAUUUUUUCAAAAACCAUUGACAUAUGAUAUAUUAGUUUCAGGUGUAUACCCUAGUGCUUAGACAUUAUAUAACUUACUGAACAGUCAUCCUGAUAAAUCUCAUACCCACCUGAAACCAUAAGUAGUUAUUAGAAUAUUAUUGACUAUAUUCCCCAUGCUGUUCCUUACAUCCCCAUGACUAUUCUAUAACAAUGAAUUUGUACUUUUCCAUCCCCUCACCUUUUUCAACCAUCCCUUUAACCCCCUUCCAUCUGGCAACUGUCAAAAUGUUCUGUAUAUCUACGAGUCUGUUUCUGUUCUGCUUGCUUAUUUAUUUAUUUUUUUAGAUUACAUUGUUAAUAGAUAUGUAUUUAUUGGCAUUUUAUUAUUCAUAUAUUUUAUCUUUUUCUUUCUUUCUUGUUCUUCUUAAAGAAGACCCUUUAACAUUUCAUGGUGGUGAUGAACUCCUUUAGCUUUUUCUUGUCUGGGAAGCUCUUUAUCUGACCUUCAAUUCUAAAUAAUAGCUUUGCUGGGUAGAGUAAUGUUGGUUGUAGGUCCUUGCUAUUCAUUACUUUGAAUAUUUCAUGCCACUUCCUUCUGGCCCGCAAAGCUUCUGUUUAGAAACCAGCUAACAGUCUUAUGGGACUUCCCUUGCUUUUCUCUUGCUGCUUUUAAGGUUUUCUCGUUGUCUUUAACCUUUUGACUUUUAAUUGUAAUGUGUCUUUGUGUAGGCCUCUGUGAGUUCAACUUGUUUGGGACUCUCUAUGCUUCCUGGACUUGUAUGUCUUCAGCAAGUUAGGAAAGAUUUCUGUCACUAUUUUUUCAAAUAGAUUUUCAAUUUCUUACUCUCUCUCUUCUCCUUCUGGUACCCCCAUAGUAUGCUUGUCAUCCCAGAGGCUCCUUACACUAUCUUUAUUUUGGGGGUUCUUUUUUAUUUUUGCUGUUCUGACUGGAUGCUUUUUGAUUCUUUAUAUUCCAAAUUGCCAAUUUGCUUUUGGCUUCAUCUACUCUACUUUUGAUGUUCCUAUAUUAUUCUUCAUUUCACUUACUGUAUUGUUCAUUUGUGACUGGUUCUUUUUUAUAGUUUCUGUGUCCGUUUUUUAUGCUGUUGAAGUUCUCAGUAAGUUCCUUGAACAUCCUUAUAACCAUUUUUUUUGAACUCUAUAUCUGGUAAUUUGCUUGCCUCCAUUUCAUUUAAUUUUUUCCUGGAGAUUUCUCUUGUUUUUUCAUUUGGGACCUGUUUCUUUAUCUCUGCAUUUUGGCUUCUUCCUUAUGUUUGUUUCUAUGUAGUAAGACUUCUGUAUCUCCUGAUUUGGUAGAGUGGCCUUUUGUAGAAGGUGUCCUGUAGGAUCCAGUGGUGCAGCCUCCUCAGUCACCCAAGCUGGGUGCUCUAGGUAUGCCCCUGUGUAGGCUGUGUGCACUGUCCUGGUGUAGUUGAGCCUUGAUUGCUGUUGGUGUCACUGUGAGGGAUUGACACCCAGGCAUAUUGGCUGUGAGGACCAACUGUGACUACAGCAGAGGAGUUGCUGUGCAGGAUUCAACUGUAUGGCAUAGAACUUGCUUCGGUGGAGCUUUGGAGCUCACCAAGUCUUCCCCUUUAGUGUAUAGCUCAUGGAGGUGGUAGGGUUUUAAUCUAGCAUGGUCUGAAGCUCUCCACUGGCUCUGGGGCCUCCUGAGAGGUACUAGGUCAGUACUGGGGAACUUCUCUUCCUGGCCCUCGAUCCCUGGGCUGGAAGGUGUGGUGUGGGACUGGGUACCUUGUCUGGGGUCACCUAGCACAAGCCACAGAGUGAUCUGCAAAUGGUUUCUACUUGUACUUGGCCUAGAGGUGCCCAGGAGAAGCCAAUCUGCAAACCAAGCCUGACUGCCAUUAGUGCCAGGUGUGGAGCCUCUUGGGAAGAGGUACAAGGUAUGCAGAGGCCAGAUGCUACUUGUUUGAGAGAUUUUGGGAAAGUCCUAAGCAUGAGGCAAAAGAGGCUAUUCAUAUAGAAAUGGGUGGGCCUGGGUGGGCCCACAAUUUUGGGGCGGGGGGUGUCUCAGGGAAUCAGUUUGAUGGGGUGAACAGUGUGAGCCAGGUUGAUGGAGACUUAGAUAUGGCACACACCUGCUGGGUCUGUGGGGGGAGGGCUCAGAAAAGGAACAUUGGCCUCUGCCAGCCUUUUUUGUAGCAGAAAGUUGCCUUCCCCAGCUCUCACCCUGAUGCUGAACGAUUCAGUUCCUCCCUGUAUGUUCCUGGUUCCUUUCAAGCUGCUGCUCCACUGGACCUCAGAGGGAGUGAGUCCAAGUAAGUCUGUGCAUGGGCCCUUUCAGAGGAACUGCCUGGGACUUCAGCAGCUCUCCAUUUCAUUCAGCCACAAUCUCUGCUGGUUUUUACAGCCAGAAUUUAUGGGGAAUUUCUCUUCCUGGCCCUGGAUCCCUGGGCUGGAAGGUGUGGUGUGGGACUGGGACCCCUUGCUCCUCCAGAAGGACUUCCAUAGCCAAGGUAUGUCUCCCAACCUUAAAGCAUCACACAUGGAUGUAGGACCAGCCUGUUCCACAUCUCCACCCCUUCUACCAGUCUUGGAAUGGCUCCUUCCUUAAAUCCCUGAUUGUAGGACUUUCAUUUAGCUAGAUUUCAGGCAGUUUUGAAUGAUGGUUGUUCUGUAGUUGUAAUUUUGAUGUGGUUGUGUGAGGAUUCAAGUACCUCGUUUACCUAUGCUGCCAUCUUGACUAGAAGUAGAAAUGGCAGUUCUUAAAUUGAUUGAGAACUGUCCAAUAUCAUUGUAGCAUCAGAUUCAUAAUUGUCUUUCUUCUCUUCAUUUUUCUUCUCCUCUCUCAUUUCCUCUCUCUUUUUUCUUGCUUUGUCUCUGUAUCUUUCACUCUAUUUCUCUCCCUCUUCCUCUCUUUCUUCUUUUUUUGCAUGAUACCUAUUAUUAUUUCAUCUUCCAUAUUCUUCCAUAUAUAU